CAUGCUGGAGCACUCUACCACUAAGCCACAUUCCUAGCCUGUUAUACUUUAAAUAGUAUGAAUGUGUAAGAAACUUUCCAAGGACUGGUAGUUUCACAAGAGAAACACCUGUGAUUGUAUAUAGAUGGGGCAUUGCAAGCCUAUUUGGAAUAGUAAAACCUUAAGCCCAUAUUAUUAUAAAUAGUUACUAGUGGUGACUAUAUUGUCAUUUUAAGCAGAAAAAGUGGGAAAAUCUACGUACUUGUAAGAUAUCAAGUUUUGUUUUUAAACCAACGGUUAAGAACUAAGAAAAACAUUAGAGAUUAAUGGACUGUUGUUUCUGAUGUGGAACAUAUUAUUAACAUGAUAAGAAAUUCCUUUAUAUACUCAGCCAUUGCUAAUAUGAAGUUAGAACCUUUGAUUAAGAAGUCACAAAGCAAAUAGGUUCAGACAACUGUGAAAUAUCUCUCUUCUUCCCAAAACAGACAUUACUGUUUUAACUUCUUGGGGCAAGGUCCCCUAUAUUGAUUGCCACGAAUUUGUCUUUCUCAGGUAGCUAAAAUAUUAAAAUGUUGUACUGAGAUAUUUUCUGGCUUGAAAGUUAACAAAAGCAACAUUGCUCAUUCAUGCUCCUGCCUUGUCACUCCCUGGUGUGGUUCAUCUCUUCCAUCCUUAUCAGAGCAUCUCAGUGCUUAGUUGAGCCUGUUUAUCUUAAAAGAGCAGGAGGCAGGCUUUUAGGGAGUAAGCUACAUGUUCCAGUGUAACAGUCACCAAUGCUUUUGAUGUGAAAAACAUUUGAUCUCUUACAUUAACAGCCCCUGUCACUGUAGUAUAGGGACUAUAGCUGAGCUGUUGUACAGUUUUCUAUUAUUUUACUUUUGAAAUAACAGUGCUACUCCACAAUCUUCGUGUAUAAAAUUGUGUAUUGGCUGUCCCCCCCUCAACUCCCAGGACUCAAUUCCUCAGAGAGAGAAGACUGUAAUAAUGGCGAACCCCCUAGGAAGAUAAUACCAGAGAAGAAUUCACUUAGACAGACUUACAACAGCUGUGCCAGACUCUGCAUAAACCAGGAAACAGUAUGUCUAGCGAGCACUGCUAUGAAGACUGAAAACUGUGUGGCCAAAACAAAACUUGCCAAUGGCACUUCCAGCAUGAUUGUGCCCAAGCAGCGGAAACUCUCAGCAAGCUAUGAGAAGGAAAAGGAACUGUGUGUCAAGUAUUUUGAGCAGUGGUCAGAGUCUGAUCAAGUGGAAUUUGUGGAACAUCUUAUAUCCCAAAUGUGUCAUUACCAACAUGGGCACAUCAACUCAUAUCUUAAACCUAUGUUGCAGAGGGACUUCAUAACUGCUCUGCCAGCUCGGGGUUUGGAUCAUAUUGCUGAGAACAUUCUGUCAUACUUGGAUGCCAAAUCACUAUGUGCUGCUGAACUUGUAUGUAAAGAAUGGUACCGAGUGACAUCGGAUGGCAUGUUAUGGAAGAAGCUCAUCGAGAGAAUGGUCAGGACAGAUUCUCUGUGGAGAGGCCUGGCAGAACGAAGAGGGUGGGGACAGUAUUUAUUCAAAAACAAACCCCCUGAUGGGAACGCACCUCCCAACUCUUUUUAUAGAGCACUUUAUCCUAAAAUUAUACAAGAUAUUGAGACAAUAGAAUCUAAUUGGAGAUGUGGAAGACACAGUUUACAGAGAAUCCAUUGCCGAAGUGAAACGAGCAAAGGAGUUUACUGUUUACAGUAUGAUGACCAGAAAAUAGUAAGCGGCCUUCGGGACAACACAAUCAAGAUCUGGGAUAAAAGCACAUUGGAAUGCAAGCGAAUUCUCACAGGCCACACAGGUUCUGUCCUGUGUCUCCAGUAUGACGAGAGGGUGAUCAUAACUGGAUCAUCGGAUUCCACAGUCAGAGUGUGGGAUGUAAAUACAGGUGAAAUGCUUAACACGCUGAUUCACCAUUGUGAAGCAGUUCUGCACUUGCGUUUCAAUAAUGGCAUGAUGGUGACCUGCUCCAAAGAUCGUUCUAUUGCUGUUUGGGAUAUGGCCUCCCCAACUGACAUCACUCUCCGGAGGGUACUGGUCGGACACCGAGCUGCUGUCAACGUUGUAGACUUUGAUGACAAGUACAUUGUUUCUGCAUCUGGGGAUAGAACUAUAAAGGUAUGGAACACAAGUACUUGUGAAUUUGUAAGGACCCUAAAUGGACACAAACGAGGCAUUGCCUGUUUGCAGUACAGAGAUCGGCUGGUGGUGAGUGGUUCCUCUGACAACACUAUCAGAUUAUGGGACAUCGAAUGUGGUGCAUGUUUACGGGUGUUAGAAGGCCAUGAAGAAUUGGUGCGUUGUAUUCGAUUUGAUAACAAAAGAAUAGUCAGUGGUGCCUAUGAUGGAAAAAUUAAAGUCUGGGAUCUUAUGGCUGCUUUGGACCCUCGUGCUCCUGCAGGGACUCUCUGUCUAAGGACCCUUGUGGAGCAUUCAGGAAGAGUUUUCCGACUACAGUUUGAUGAGUUCCAAAUAGUCAGUAGUUCUCAUGAUGACACAAUCCUCAUCUGGGACUUUCUGAACGACCCAGCUGCCCAAGCUGAACCUCCCCGCUCCCCAUCUCGAACAUACACCUACAUCUCCAGAUAAAUAACCAAACACUGACCUCAUACUUGCCCAGGACUCAUUAAAACUUGCAGUAUUUAACAUAUCUGCCAAGACCAGGAUGAGCAACAACAGCAACAAACAAACUCCUACCCGGUUUCCCCGGACCAGCGAGGAGCAGGGCUUUGAGACUCCUGUUGGGACCCAGUUGGUCUGCAGUAGACCAGGAUGGUCUGCUCAGCAUAGCCGACUGCUUCAGUGCUGCUAUCAGAAGAUGUCUUCUAUCUUGAGUGAAUGAUUGGAACUUUUAACCCUCCCCUCUUCUCUCCUCCUCCUUCCCCUUUGCACCUGUUUCUCCCUCACCGAGUUCCAGACAAAAGAUGACUUAUAAAUAUAUUUAGUGUUUUGCCAGAAUCUCUCUUGCUUUGCCAUUAAGCAGAAGAACUAGUUUCCCCAUAUGGCCCACUUCCAGGGGACGAGGGAGAGCAGCUUCCAGGCAAACAACCCCCCCCUCUUGAAGCACCACCCCCCCUUAACUGCAGGAGUGACUGGCGCCUGGCCAGAGCGGCUCAGGCUGCUUUGUGGGGGCUCCCUGCACAACCUUGGGGAGAAAGGGAGAAAGAGAGGGAAAAGGGAAGCACAUACUGGAAGACCUGGCCUGCUGCCUCCCUCCACCGUUUCUGUCCUUCCCUGCUCCCCUCAACCCUCCAUCAACCUGGGAAGCCGUGAAGAGAGUGUCCUUCAACUAGCAUGAGGUGGAUCUGCUCUGAAAGGUGACACUUGGAAGAGUUCAGUUUGUUCAGUCAUGAUUUCAAGCCCAGGCUUUUGUUGCAAGUGACUCUGGCAGCGGUGGAUUUGCAGACAUGACACUCUCGUCAUAUUCGCAAGGCUUCCCUCAGCCCUCUUCCUCCCGCCUAGGGGGAUGGGGGAAGGGGACAGAAACGGCCUGGGCACCGGCAGUGGCUGCAUCUCCUCUGGACUCAGCAGUCUCCUUGAUUCCAUGUAGAGUGUGGAAAGGAGCUGCUGAUUGCAUUUCCUCUCAUUAACAAUUAGAUGUGUAAUAAAAAGCAUUGUGCUUCAUCUUCAAUCACUGGCAAGGCUUGGUCUACAGAAAGGCUUGAAAUAGCCAGAACCAGUGGCUCAGUGCAUUCUUCUCGUGGCUCUCAUCUCCAUUUCCUCAUCUGAGCCUGUGAGAACCCAGACACCCAUAACUGCCCAGACCUCAAGCGGAAUAGCUAAAGAAAUGGUCGGGAAAGCAAGCUGAUUCUUUUUUCUAGGCCAGUAAAUGUCAUCUCUCAGACAUCAGUCUAACCUUCCUUCUGCUUCUCCCAGUAUUUGCAAAAAGACAAAGCUACCAGAGAGAGUACCAGGGUGAAGUUUGGCACACAGGGUUUAUUAAUAGGGCAAACACUGCCUUCUCUUUCCUUUUCUUCCUCCUCCUGGCCUUAUUUUCACUUUCUACUUUCCUCAACCAAUAAAAUUUCAGUGACAAUUGGCAAACAAUGUAAGCAAAUGGACCGGUGCAAGAGGCAGGCUGCCCUGGCCACUUGGAAGGUAGCUGUGUGGGCUUCCUCUCCAGCGGGCUCCAGGUGCGAGGGCAUACAUGCCACUCCAGCCUGGAGCAUUGUGACUGCGCAAGCAGCUUGUUUCCCUGGGCAUAAGUGGGUCUGCUGAGCGGUGAUUGGGCCCACCCUCAGAUUCUGAGGCUGCAGUACAAUUUCCCGGGUCCUUUGGUAGCUGAGCUGUUAGGCCCAUUGUUCUACUAAUCUACACAGCUGAGUUUAAGAAAGCUUUUUUUUUUUUUUUUAAAGCCAGCUGCUAUAAACAGGAGAACGGGAGCCUAUUAUAAGUAGCCUACAGCCUGAGACCAUGUUCAGUUCAUCCAAGGCAGAAAGCGAGGCAUCACUUUUCUCCCUGGUCUGCAAGCACCCCUUCCUAAAAUACAUCUAGGCCAUGUUGUUGCAUACUGAGGGCCAGUUUUCCUUCCCUGCUUUAUGAGUACUUGAGCUUUUCGUCUCAAAUUACAUUUAGAAAAUAUUUCCCAGUGUAAUGAUACACUGUUGCCUGGGAAAUAUUUUCUCAGUAUAAUUCCCUUUCCGACUCCCCAAAUGCUACAGAGAAUUGUUUUCUACUUAGCCACUAUCAGGGUUCCUUGUCUAUUGUGUUGACUUUUAAUAGCUCUUUGAUUGGUUAAGGACUCUGGUGCAUCUAUGUCAGCCCUACAAAACACACAGGUCAGACAUGAAGAGGCAUGGGUUUCAAAUACUGUCUGAUAGCCAUAACUAGUAGCCCUUCCUGUUAUAUGCUGCUAUUCUAAAGUGGGAGCGGGGCUAGGGAUACAGCUCAGUGGUAGAACACUUACCUGGCUGUGUGAUGCCCUAAUUCAGUCCCUAGCAUUGCAAAAAACAAUAAAGUGGGAGCUGUUGAAUAUUCACUGGUGCCCAGGCUUUUGCUCUCCUAUCCAGGCUCAGCUCAAAGUAUACUAUUCCUAAGCCCGUUGUGAAGCUCAUUCAGCCCACUAGACAGCUAGGGAUGGACCCUGCAGAUAGGGAGCCACUUGCUCCGUGGAGAUUGCCCUCCCAAGUUGUCCCUCUGUUGCUGCUGGAAAUGGGAAUGAAGUUAAGUGGUCUGAAAAACUUGAAUCGUUCGCAUUUCUCAGCUCUGGGGGUCAUUUACCAGUUGAUUGUAGAAGAAAUAAUCAGGUAAGUAGAAGUUCAUUUCCAAAGAAGGGAAACCGCACUUACCAUCUCUGCAUGAUUUCAGUGGGAAUUGAUUAUCACUAAUCCCCAACUGGGCUAGAAUAAAUGUAAAGUUUGACCUUUUUAAAAAGAAGAAACAAAGUCUCAACACAUUUAAAGGGAUGUUAGAAAAGGAGCUGAAGUGUCUGAUGGCUCUGAAAUGAAGUAUCCCCUUAAGAGAUUAGACUCUUCUCACUAAAGUCCACUUUGCAAUGUAGGGCCGGAGAGACACCUUUCUUAAGAUGGGCUGAAAACCCCUUCCAGUGGGUGAGGCCCAUGCACAUGGCUGCACCUACUGAGCACAGGUGUGACCUCUCAGUUCACACUAACUGCUUGCCAGCAUGCCUUGCCCCUGUGUGUAUGUCAUUGCUGAAAGCAUCCUUUUACUUUCUGAAGUACAGUUUGAAAGUGGAUGUGAAUUAUGGGUGGGAGGCCUUUUUACACUUAUCCCUUGGCUAAAUUCUUUCUGAUUUGUCCUAGCUUUGGCGACAUAGACUCUUGACAAGUAAUAAAGUCUGGCCCUUAUAACUUGUUUCUAAACUGGAAAAGACACUGAGACUCCUAAAUCAUUCAAAAAAGUGUGUGUGUGUGUGUGUGUGUGUGUGUGUGUGUGUGUGUGUGUUUAAAGCUGCAGAGAAAUAUGCACUCGUCCCUUGCCAUCUUUCCUUCCUUGCCAUUGGUCUGAACAGCUGUCAUUGGUCUGCUCCUUUGUGUGUGUGAGUGUGUGUGUGUGUGUGUGUGUGUGUGUGUUUAGAAACAAAAGGGCAAGGUUUGGGGUAAGAGGUGAGAGUGGAGAGAAUAUUGGAAGUAAUUAAGGCUAUUUUUUUCCUUCCUAGAAUUGGGAUACCUCAGUAUUAUCCACCUUAGCAUCUUCCUUUUGCCUUCGAUGGUGAAACCUUCUAGCUCAGAAGUAGAAGUAGUCCAACCCCAAACAGUGCAGGCCUGAGGGUUAGACUGAAGAAAUCCAGGGUACUUUUAGGUAGCUACCUAGUCCCUGAAACUGUCAUACUUUUCAGUGAUGAGGUUUACUAUGUAAAUUUUAAUCCACAUUGCUGAUCUUUCUCCACUUGGAUAAAUUCAACAGACUAGAAGACAAGCCGCUGGGUUCAUCUCCCGGGACCUCAUCCCGCAUAUCUGAUCACUAGCAGGUCCAGAGCCCCUUGUUUUAAUCAGUCUCGGUCAGUGCCAGAAAGACCACCAUCUCAGGGGAACCAAAAUGCGCUUUGCUUCUGGUUAUUUUUAGAGCUAGGGAGAGAAACCAAAACAAUAUGACCAUGGCUUCCUGGUUUUGGGUAGAACUUAACUACAAUGGUAACUAGACACUCCUGUUGGAAGUCCAGCGCCUAUGAUCUAAAAUUUUCUGGAGGCAGGAGACUUCUAGAAUAUGUGCUCUUCACUCAGCCUAGCUGACUUACUCCUGAUUUUGUGUGUGUGUGUGCGCGCGCGUGUGUACAAGUUUCACUACCCUCCUAAGCUUCCUAUUCAUGAACACUGAAGGAAAAGACCAACCAGGAGGUCAGAUUUCUGGGUACCAAGGAAACCAACACUUUACCAUAACAGUGACCACUCAGACCCAGCCAAACUCACGGAGGGGCAUUCAGUGGACUCCGCGGGUGGAAAGGGGCCUGGCAAUGCGUGAGCUUUCAGCUGGUUCAGCUCUUCAUUCUCUAGAUUCUGAAAUACUGACUGCUUUGACUUUUGUGAUUAUGUUAUGGUGAUAUGUAGUCAUUGUAUCAAUAUGUUCAUAACCUAGGAUCAUGGUAAUAGAGUGUGUUUUUGUUUUUUAAAUGUUCAGAAAAAAAAGUAACUUAAAUUACAAAUAUAAGAUUAAAGUGAA